AUGCAAGAUGCAGAUCAGAUCUUUGCUGCGGCGCAGGACCACUACCUGCAUCUGGACAUGGUCUUGGACGACGUGUGCGAAGGCAAGCUGAGCGAAGUGAUGAGCAUUCCCCACAGCUUCGUGGUGCUUUCCAGUUCAGAGACCCCGGUGGCAACCUUGCGAUGCAUUGCCUUCAGCGGAAUGCCUCACGUCACUGGAGUCACCGGCUUCACGCAAGGCGAAGGUGUUCUGCAGCUGAGUAAGCUUUCCGGCGCCGGGGGUCGACAUCGCCUGCAUUUUCUCAUGCAAGAAGCUGUGAAGACUUUUGAAGGCGAUGAGAAGUGGAACAAGGCCAAGAAGUUGAAUCGAUCUUUGACCUUGACUGAAGAUCGCAAAGAGACUGUUGAGCAAUGGGAUGUGGAAGGUAUCUACACGUCUAAGCACGGCCUCAAGGCCAGCAGCAUGGCUAUCGAAGUGGAGGGCAACAUCAUCUCCGCUAAUGCAGAACUUUCGAACUUGGCGACUAUGACGACGCACUUCUCAUCGAAGGAGACCAAGACAGACUAUCAGGUGGCUGCGCGGCCACAGCCCCGGCAAGAGCAGAGCGACUGCCCAGGCUGCCCGUGCAUGACGAUUCUCCUCGCCCCUUGCGUUGGCCUCCUGGCCUGUCUCCUCGCCCCUUGCGUUUGCCUUGCGGCCUGCCUUGCUGUCAUCGAAGCCUGCCUCUCCUGCCAGCUGUGCAAGCCAUCGCCACGGGCCCCCGUUUGCCCAUGCGGUCCCAAAUGGGCCCUCUUUUGCCCAUGCUGUCCCAAACGGCCUCCGCCUGCGCCAGUGGUCGGCCGCGCAGUGAUGGUGGGAAACUGGACUUCGGUGGAAGGAAACCUGGGAGAAUGGCAAGGCUCUGCCAUUCACAGGCCUGGUUUUGCAGAUGGCAUGACAAAGGAGAUGAAGGGAGAGACAGAGAAGGUCGUCCACAAGUUCUUCUUCCCGAAAGUCCAGGAUUGCAACGGGGAUCAGACGACUACCACCAAGUACGAGAAGAUGCACGUCAUCCAUGUUCUCUACCGCCUGCCGCUGCAGAGGCCCACCAUCUUCACCGCCUGGGUUCACCCAGACCAGUCUGGAGCUGCUGCCCUUCGCUUCGUCCAGGAGCUCAGUGGAGCCGCGACGGCUCGAUGCAACAGCUUGGAGGGCACACAGGCGAUCUACCACGCCGAGUCCAGUGAUGCGGUUCUGCAGCGGCAGCAGCACUUCUCCCAUUUGUGGAAGCAGGCAGCCGGGUGGUCCCAAUAUGGCGAUGAUGUUCAUGGGGCUGCGGAGCAGGCCGAUGUUCAGACGGUGGUGGUCCAAAAGCAAACAUGCGGCCAACAGGCGGCCAAAUGGGCACGGGCCCAGGGCCUUCAAUUCUGGCUCAAGGUGGCCCUCGCGGCAACCUGCCUCGUCCUUGUCCUGAUUCUGGUGGCCCAGAUUUGA